UUUUCUUCAUAUGAGUUUGAUUCGGUUAUUUCUGUAAAUAUAUAAAUGCAUUAAUUUUAAUUACCCUGCCCUGAAGCCAAUAUUGGUCGGUGUUUGAAAUGAGAAAUAAAUUAAGCCAUUAAAAAUUAUCAAUAGAAGAAACCAGUGGAGGAGGAAAAAGAAGAGCCCAAGUGAGUGGAAAAUAAAGAGAGAGAGAGAGAGAGAGAUCGCGCGGCGUAAUCGGAAAAAGGGGGUGUUUAAGGAAAAGUUCUGUGUCGGAUAUCUCCAAAGUGAGUGAGUGAACAGAGAGCGAAAUAAAAAGAAGAAGUCAAUCGACAGCAAAAGCUACAACAAAAAUCAAGGAAAAGUGGAGCAGCAAAGUGGAUCAUUCCUAGACCGUCGUGUGGAGCAGUGCCAGCAGUCGUCGAAGCAGCCAGAUACAGUGCCAGCGAACAGCAGCUAGCCUUCGGAUUUGUCCCGAGUCUAGCGAGCACUGAUUCCGCCAGUCACUUCCUUCUGGAUUCAGCCAGGCAACCCAGCAAGCGACGACGCCGAAGACGACGCCAGACCGCCGCUGUUCAUAUUUUUCAUGAAAUCGGGUCGAUAAUCGUCAAGAUGGAGUGCAAAUUGAUUUCACGAUAUUCGCCACUACUCGUGCUAUUCUUAGCAUCGCUAGUAAAUGCACAAACAGGUCGUAAGCGCGACGUAAACAAUCUCUAUCAAGUGAUCUACUACGGUGACUCCCAGGUCGAGGUCGGGCAGCCGUUUUCGAUCUCGUGCAUCAUCUCGAUCGCCGAUCCGAUCGAGUGGCACAAAGAUGGCGAACCGAUCCGGAAGCACAGCCAAAUUCGUCACGGCAAGGACGAACACUCGUACAUCGAAGGCGAGACAGGAAUCGCAGGCGUCCGGAACAAAAUCGAAGCCGAGAUUAGCGUACAACGUGCCCUACCGAAGCACGAAGGCCGCUACCAGUGCAACUCGCUGUACCCCAACUAUCACAUGCUGUACAUCUAUCGGAACGAUACUGCAGUCGGAAGCAGUGGCGGUGGAGCUAGUGGUAGCAGUCACGAACGAACCUCCAGUCAACGGGGCAGUGAUUCGGCUCUGCUGCUGACCACGAUUAAACCAACACUGAUUACCGCAAUCACAGAGUCCCAUCACCAGCUGACAACGUCCGGCACGCUUGUUUCCCUCAAUGCCCAUCCCAUUCCACUUGACUCGGAAAAACAACAUUCCCAGCACCAUCACCACCAGCAGCAAUCACAUCAUCAUCAUUCAUCGAGCGAUAAAUCUGCGAAAUCCGACGACAAACAAAAGGUCCCGCAUGCUUUCAAGGCAGAUGCGGUGCGAUUUAUGAAUAAAAAUCAAGAUCCAUCUGCAACCAAGGACGAAAGGUAUGACGAAGGCAGCCUGCUUCUUGGAGGCCAGCUUAAUAAGGAUAUGAAAGAAGAUGAAUACCCAGAUACAACGGGAGUCGGUAGAGAUAACGAUGAUAUUGCCGAUAGCAAGCACAAUGCCGACAAGGCCAUUGUUAUCCUCGAUGAAGAUGGAUACCCUGCUUCCGGUGUAACCAUUCCAUUGAAUCCCAGCGCAGAUGAAGAGUCAAUCACAAACAAUGAUAACGUUCGAGGGGCGGACGACGACGACGACGACGGCGUCGAAGAUGUCGACUCCAGUCCCGACGAAGAAGCGUCCAUUGUUAUUGAAAGCAACCAUGGUUCGAUCGAGGACAGCAUCGAUAAAUUGAUUAUGAAUAAAAGCGAAAUAAAUGGCGUUAUUCGGGUCGACAGUGCCGAAGACUCACUCCAUCACCAUUCCAAUCGAAAGCUAGACCGCAUUCGCAACGAAGAGACCUUGAUCCCUACCAUGGCUAGCUCAACCACGGCUCUUAUGGUUGUACCGACUACUACCGCUACCACUAGUACUACGACCACGACCACCACUACCACUGCAGCGACAACGACCACCAUCAAACAAAGCGUAGUGGAACAAUCUCACGGACACCACCACCAUCAUCAUCGCGGCGAGCACGAGCAACAACAGCAGCACGCGACACUCGCGGUGUCAGACAUCCUACACCCCAACUACGAUGAUCCCAGCUCUAGUUUAAAAAUUUUCGAUAUCACGAAAGCACUGACGCUCGGUUGUAAUAUCACGAAAGAGGGUGACUAUGAGUUAAGUUGGACAAAAGACGGUGAAAAUGUUAGCGAAAUCGAAUCGCUACAGAAUCGCUACAAAAUAAUCAAGGAUGAACGCAAAUUCAUCAUCAGCAGAGCGCUGGAUUCCGAUUCCGGAUCAUACACGUGUAACGUGCGAGCGCUGAAUGCGUCUAGAACUUUUAAUGUAGUAGCAAAUGUUAUUGUUAAAUUUGAAAGCACAGAAAUAGGAAAAACAAACAUGGUGGAAGGCGAGAAACUUUCCCUGCACUGCUUAGCGUUCGGAACGAAUCCCAAGAUUAUCUGGACAAUUGGCAACACCACCUUCAGUACGAGUACAGACCGGGUCCUGCUGGAAGAGGACGACAAGGGCGUCGAGAAUGCCCGAUUAACCAUCGAGAGCAUCACGCUCAACGACUAUAACGAUUACACCUGCGAGGCUCGAAACAAUGCCACAGACAUCACGGGUAAACCGGCACAAGUCACGAUGACCGUUAGGAUUAGAGGAAAAUACGCCGCGCUUUACGUUUUCGUGGGUAUCAUUGUCGAAGUUGUUGUAUUAUGUGUGAUUAUUUUAAUAUGCGAAAGAAGACGCAACAAGACAGAGAUCGAAGAAAGUGACACCGACCAGAGUCCAGAUCAACAAAAGAAUGGUCACAACGGAAACUCUUCCGAGCUACGCCAAAGAAAGACCUAAAACGAUGGGGUCACCCCUUGGCUUCAUGCCCCUCCCAAAAAGUAAUUCACUCGUGCGAAUCAAAGACACAUUUGAUUAUAACGCUAGGAGUUUUUUUUUUUCUAAAACUAAUCUUAUUAUUAAUCAUAUCAACCUGUACUAACGCCUGAAAAAAAAAAAAUCAAAACCAUCAAUCACAAUACGUAGAUAUGCCGCCUCCAUUGAUUGGACUUCAAUCUCACUCAUAGUUGCACGAUAAUACCCCCUUAGAUACUAGGUAGGUUCAAAUUAUACAAUUCGCUGCAACAGACAGCUGAUGUGGAAUCGAUUGCGAUGCGUGGACCAAAUUUAAUAAUUUGAACAACCCUAGUAAAUAAUAGUUUAACAUCUGGGAUGAAUCACACCCUUAUAAUAAAAAAAACCCGAUUGUUGUAGAAGUUUACUGUUUUUUUUUACUAGAAUCUGAUGAAUGAAAACCAAAAAGCGUAGCUAGACUGUGUAACAUACAUAUGAGAAGUGUGCCUUCAGGUACCAUCUUGGUUCUGUAUAGUCAAAAAACAACAACAAAACUUGUUAACUCUUGCACGAUUAGUCGAAUAAGUUGGGUUCAUCAAUACGCUCGAUAGACUUACCGCACACAGGAUGGAUUACCGAUCAAAUUUAAACCUUAACAAUAGUUGUUCAUCAUUAAAUAAAAGAUUGCAUGCGUUUCAUACUUUUUAUUU